AUGGUUUACGAUACGCGUUUGUAUGACAUAUUGACCGUUUCAACCACGGCCACCAUCGAAGAAAUCACAAAGUCCUACAAGAAGUUGGCGCUUAAGUACCACCCGGACAAAACAAAUCACGACCCCGUUCUCACAGAAAAGUUUAAAGAUGCCACCCAUGCGUAUGAAAUUCUAAAAGACCCCCGCCAAAGAUCCGUUUACGAUGCAUACGGCGAAAGUGGCCUAGAUGGAUCUAUAGCCACACAAGAACCUCCCUCUGCCCCAGUUCCGAACGUCAAUGUUGCUGCUCAUGGUCCGUUCCCCUUUCCCUCGGGGAAUACGCUUUUUUCCCAAAUAUUCAACGAUGUUUCGUCCGUUUUCGGCGCUAGCCUGCCUUUUGGCGAUGAUAUGGCGAACCCGUUUGAUUUUGCAACCUACAACACUGAAGGCAUGUCAAAGAGUGUACAGCCAGCACCCCCAGAUCCGGCUGCUAACAGAGUACAUCGCGGAGAGGAUAUCCACCACACUUUUGAUGUCUCCUUGGCCGAUAUGUACUAUGGUAAAGUAGCGAAGUUCCUGCUUCCGAAGAUCACAAAGUGCUCCACAUGUAAGGGAGUGGGCUGUUUGCAGCCACGCACUUGUCGCGUGUGCAAAGGCAGUGGCCGUGUUGUGGUGACAAUGGUUAAUCAGUUCUCGAAGUUCCAAGAAGUAGGCUCGUGUUCUCCAUGUAAUGGGACGGGCGUCUACUGUGACAGAAACAGCAAAUGCCGUCGCUGUGACAAUGGGUUCUUGAUGGAGAAGAAGCUUCUCCUGGUAAACAUCUUCCCCGGAUCUAAAGACGGAGAUAAGAUAAUAUUGAAGGGCCAAGCUGACGAGGGCCGAAACAUCAUUCCUGGAGACGUGGUGAUUCAUAUUCACGAAACUCCUCAUCCAUUUUUGGUGAGGAAAUUUAAUGAUUUGUACAUGGAGCAUGACAUUGAUCUCCGGACAGCUCUUUUAGGCGGAAGCAUUUUGGUUCAUGAUUUCUUGCGUCUGGGAAACGAUCUUCGCAUUUAUGUUAAUUCCCAUGGCGACAGCACUCUAAAUGAUAUGGAAGAUCCUUCGAUUAAGCAAGGUCAAAUUGUGGGAAGCAUAAAUUCGGGCAGCCCCAAAAUCGUAAAGGGCUUGGGAAUGCCAAUCAACAACAAAAUCCGCAACGGUGUUAUUUACCAGAAUGGCACUGCGGCCAAAUUCGACCUUCCUAGGUACAAGCGUGGCGACCUCUUUAUCAAGUUUAACGUGCAGAUUCCCCUGGUGGGUCAGUUUAGCACUAGCGAUCUUGAAAUGUUGGGCCGCAUUCUUCCAGCACCAGAGAAAAUAAAUCAACCUGCUCAACAGCAUCAUUUGGCCAAUUUGCCAUAUGAUGACGGAAACGUGCCUAUGGCGGAUGUCGAUCUGGAUGCUUCCGACGGAAAGCGCAAGUCGGACGGAUCAUCGGAUGAGUUUGAUUAUGAUCAACUCGAGAUCGACAGUGAUGGAGCCAACGAGGAACAUGAAGAUGAUCAAUUUUAUGCACAAAAAUGGUCCGAGCCAGAGCAGAAGAAGAAGCGCCGGAAGAAUAAUAACAGCAGAAACAGUACAAACAUUGGUAAGAAUACCAAUGACAACAGCGAAAACAACAACAACAGCAACAACAACAAGAACAACAACAACAACACCACCACCAAUAACAGUACCGCUUUUUAUAUGGGCCCCAGUCUGGUGGGCGUAUCAGGCUGA